AUGCGCCUCUUCAACGCAAAUGAAGACCAAACAUUUAUAUUUAUUGGCUAUGACGUUGCACGAUGGGUAAUCCAGCGGUCUCUGGCUUGUCACAGUCAGUAUGAGGGAGUGUUGCUCACAAGCCUGAUCGGUGUCAUCCUCUGGGAGGUUCCAAGUCCAGACGCUUGGGUCAGCAAGAUGAAGACCCUUUACCAAGGCUGGCGUUCUACCUCAAUCACCCUUGAUCCCGCUGUACUCAACAAGACUGAACACGACUUUAACUUAUUGAAGGACAACCAGAAAUAUUCCCCCCGAGUUCUCGAAGUCCCCAGCGUGGACAUUGGAAAUUACUUCCACGAUGUAACCAGAUCAUUAAAGACACGAGCGCAGUCGUUGCUGCCUAAGUCUUUGUCUCCAGAGCCUCGGGACAAGGUUGCUUCGCCAGAACCGGCGCCACAGACAUUGACUGACGGUCUCAAAGCCCUCGUGGAACGUAGCUCCGGAUGGACCUUUACCUCAAAUAAUGUUCAAGCUGAAGGAGGCCGUAACAUCACCUCUGUCACCGAGCAAGGGCCGAAAGCUCAGGUUUCAGCUGAUAGAAAGGCCAAAGCAAGCCAGGAACAGUCUGCCACUCUUGCCGGCAUAUCCGAGUAGCGGGCUUGGUAUCGGAAUAAUUCCGAGUGGAGAAAAGACCAGAAUGAACGUUGAAGUCCCCGAUUCGUUGGCUGCACUGACACAAGUGGCUCACGAAUGGCUGGACCGGGGGAAUCAUAAAAGAGCAAAGCGUACAUUCGCAAGGAUCUUGAAUGAAUUUGGGGUCGCCCAUAACCGUCACACUUUGCUCACCCUUAAAUUUGAGGGGUUCUCAACGC